ACUGGACCUGUUGCCAGGCAGCCGCCCCUCGCCUCUAUCUUUAUAAGCCGGCAUCCUCGGCCGCCGUCCAUUCAGUUCCAAUUAAAUUUUCCUCUCGUGAAGUUCCUUCGAGGCGGUGACUUUUUUUCUCUGCGGCAUCGAGAAUGGGACCCAAAAAAGGAAUCCUGGAGCGACUGGCCGAGGGCGUCGUGAUCGGCGACGGCGGCUUCGUCUUCGAGCUGGAGAAGCGGGGCUACGUGAUGGCGGGGCCCUGGACACCCGAGGUCACCCUGGAGCACCCCGACGCCGUUCGCGAACUGCACCGGGAGUAUCUGCGCGCCGGCUCGGACGUGAUGCAGGCGCUCACGUUCUACGCCUCCGACGACAAGCUCAUCAACCGGGGCAACGUGGCGGGGAAGAAGUUCACAGGCGCCGCCGUGAACGCGGCGGCGUGCAAGAUCGCGAAGGAGGUCGCCGCGGAGGGCGACGCCCUCGUGCUCGGCGGGAUCAGCGAGACCCCGACCUACCUGUCCGGCGGGGGGAAGGCGGCCGUGCAGGCCGAGUUCCGGAAGCAGAUCCAAGUCUUCGUGGACCACGGGAUGGACUUCCUGCUCUGCGAGUACUUCGAGUACGUGGAGGAGGUGGAAUGGGCGAUAGAGGUGUGCAAGGAGACGGGGAAGCCGGUGGCGUCGACCAUGUGCAUCGGGCCGAAGGGCGACAUGCACGGCGUCCCGGCCGGGGAGUGCGCCGUCCGGAUGGCCAAGGCCGGGGCGGAUAUCGUCGGCGUGAACUGCCACUUCGACCCUUUCGUCAGCCUGGAGACGAUCAAGCUGAUGAAGGCCGGGCUGGAGAAGGCGGGGCUGAAGCCGUUUCUCAUGUGCCAGCCGCUGGGGUACCACACGCCGGACGCGGGGCCGCAGGGGUUCAUCGACCUGCUCGAGUUCCCCUUCGCACUGGAGCCCCGCCUCUGCACCCGCUGGGACUUCCACAAGUUCGCCCGCCAGGCCUACGACCUAGGCGUGCGCUACAUCGGCGGCUGCUGCGGGACGCAGCACCACCACCUCCGCGCGGUGGCCGAGGAGCUGGCGAAGGAGAGGGGGAAGACGCCGCUGUCGUCCGAGAAGCACGCGCCGUGGGGGGAGGGGCUGGCGCUGCACACCAAGCCGUGGGUGCGCGCGAGGGCUAACCGGGAGUUCUGGGAGAACCUGAAGCCGGCGACAGGUCGCCCCUUCAGCGCGUCCAUGUCGGAGCCGGAGAACUGGGGCGUGACGGCCGGGAGCAAGCUGAUGAUGCAGCACGCCGGGGUCACGACCGAGGCGGAGCAGGAGGAGGUCCGUCGCUUCAAGAAGGGGGGGGGCAAGCACUAGGGGGGUUCGGGUUUGGAUGCGGCGUCGGUGUUGAUGACUCGUUGCAGUGUCGAAUGUCCGUCUGAUACCUUUUUCUUGUCAUCCACUUGGCUCAGAGCGAGUCCUGUCCCGUUGUCGUUCGCUCUCGGUCGGCUCGAAGUGGGCCAUUACCAUUGCCAUCCACUCUCGGUCGGCUCGAAGUGGGCCAUUACCAUUGCCAUCCACACUUUCAGAAUUUGAACGCUUGUGUUUCUCCGUUUCCGCUUGCUUCUUGGGUCGAUCGACACUGUCGCCUGUCGGUUCGUGUGCGCCUGCCGUCUUGUGUCGAGCCUGUCCGUCGAGCCUGUCCGUCGAGCCUGUCCUUCGAGCCUGUCCGUCCGUCUCGCGAGUAAAUUCUCAUCUCUGCCGCUGUCAUUCAUUCCACACACUUUAUCCGUCGAAUCGGUUUUCGUCGUCGCGUCUUCGUCCGCGGACUCGCGACCCGGAAAAUGAGUUCCGAGGAACGUCUUCCCGCAGGUAUUGUACAUAGUGUCUUCCUGUGCUUUGCAAGGGAUGCCGAGUCGCUUUAACUGCCAUGCACAAGAAUUAUUUUCGAUAUUUUCGUUGAAUAUAUUUUUUGAGACUUUUACGUAUCAUAAACAUGCAUAGGAGACACUCCUUCAAGUUAACUCUGCCCGAAUUUGCACAGAAAGUUCGCCAGGUGAAAAUCAGGGUUGUCAGUGAAAAUCAGGGUUGUCAGUGAAAAUCAUG